UUUAUUCCUCCGUCCCCUUUCUUCCUUCUCCACUCAUCUCCUUGACAUCAGCCGAGCCCCCCAGGCCACAGCUCCCCUCGAGGACUGUCCCAGUUUAUCCCUCCUCUCCUACAAGCUCGAUCUCAGUCUCCUCUUCCUCCCCUGCCACUUUCCUCUUUUACAUCGCCUACUACGACUUUCCAAUAUUCUUCCCUCUCUUUCUUUCUCACUACUCACCACACCUUUCCAAUCUUCUGCCAGCUCGUCUGUCCUCGUCUCCUCUCACUACCCUUCUCUGACCUCCACAUCUCGUCACCCAAACAAGCAACGCCUCAGGCUUACGGUCACCACGACCUCCCAACAUGGACGUACAACCUAUCCAGAAUCUGGAGCCAGACGCCGCUUCGCUGGCCGCAGCCCUAGCGCGGAAGAAUCCAGCAUACGCCAAAGAGGCAUUUUCACGAGCUCGCGUCGCUUUCGUACAGAUACCUGACCCAACCAGCCAGGUUCAUUCUUCGGUAAUCCCAGCCGUCGACAACGGUGUCGGCAUUGUACCUCCCCUACCUCACUUAGCCGGGAUUGAUGGGCAGGCUACGGACGAAACAUUCAAUCUUCAGGACACGCUUCCAGAUAACUACCCAGGCUCAGCUGUUGGAACGUUCAACUAUGGAGAAGCGGAACAAGCAGAAGUAGACCAGGGGGCAAACGAAGAGGAAGAUGAAGAAAUGGCAGCCCGAGAAGCUGCAGAUCAAGCCGAAUUGAAAGAAUGGAAAUCCGUUGAGGAAUGGUAUAAGCAGCUCCAAAACCCGACCCCUGCCGACGAAGUUCGUUACACAAAAGCAAAGAGACGGCUGGAGAUCCGUAAUAAAAGGUCUGAGAGUCAGAAGCACCUUCAGGAGAAGGAAAAGGAAAAGGAGGCUGAAGAGGAGGCUGAGGCCGAGGCCCAAGAAUCUGAGGAUGAGAUGUUCGUUCGUCAAAAUGAUGAACCAGAAGCUUCAGCAUCGACAGAGCCAUCUAGCGGAAACAAUGCUGAGCCUGUGGCUACUCCUGCCCGACCUACGAGAAAGAGAAAGGCCCAAAACAAGAUAACUGCGGAAGAAAAGAGGAAAAGCAUGGCAGUGGGAUUUGAACCCAUCCGACGAAAGGCGAAAGGUAAGACCCAGCAACCCGGGGGACGGGGUACAAAGCGCAAGGCUGCUCCCACGAAGGGCAAAAAAGAUGCGGAACCCAGCAGGAAAAAAGAGAAGAAGAAGACCCCGGAUGAUGAACCCGACGUUCUCUUGAAUCUUCGAGCGAAUGUCAUUCAAGAGGCCCAUGAUAGUGCCACGCUUGCAGCGCCUGAGACCUUUACUGCAGGGACUAGAGACCAGGCAGUAUUCCAGAUGAUUGCCGCUAUUCCCGCCGCAGAUCAGGAAGAGGCGAGAAGUGACGGACAUAAACUGAAGGAGGCUCUGAGGAAGUUCAACCACAGAGUCUUGUCCGAUAAACAAGGUGGCUGGAAGAUGAAAGGAGUUAAGACCAGCAUGUUUAAUUACCAGGUUUUGGGCUGCGCGUUUAUGCGUGACCGAGAGAACUCUCCUGAAGAGCCACGAGGUGGUAUACUGGGUGACGUGAUGGGUAUCGGCAAGAGUCUUCAGGCUUUGGGCAGGUUUCCCUUUUGGCAACAUUCUCUAAAAUCGACUCUAAUGGUGGUUGUAGUCAACAUUAUCGACGGAGCUCCCUCAGAUCCAGACGACGCGGUGAAAACCACUUUGCUUGUCGUGCCAUCACACUUAUGCAAGCAUUGGAUGGACCAAAUUCGCAUUCACUGUGAUAGUGAAGCCCUUGGCAGAGUCAUUCAGUGGCGCGCAGGCUCCAGAUUUGAAUCAUUGGAUGUCAAGAAGGAACUCGAAAGCUAUCAAAUCAUUAUAACGACUUACGAUGAGAUACGCCGCUCGUACCCAGUUUUCAAGCCCCCCAAAGAGCUUUCCGAUCCGCGGCAGCUUGAACAGCAUUGGAAACAGAUAUACGAGGAGAACUGCGGCCCCUUGCAUAAAAUCAAGUUCCUUCGAAUCGUCCUAGACGAAGCCCACAUGAUCAAGAACAGAGACUCAAGCGUGUCACUUGCUGUUCGCGGCUUGACUGGCCGCCACAAAUGGAUUUUGUCCGGAACUCCAAUCCACAACCACACGGAGGAGUUCUUUCCUCUCCUUUCCUUCAUUGGCGUCCCCAAGCUUGGCGAGUAUGAAGACUUCAUCUCAUACUAUUGCACUGAUGCAGCCGGUGAAAAGCGCCUUACAAACCUCCUAAGAGCGUUCAUGAUGCGCCGCACCCAUGGCAGCCGAUUGUUCUCUCUUCCAAUUAUUCAGCUCCCUGACAUCAAAGAACGAAGUGUUGAGGUCGAGUUUUCAGAAGCGGAAUGGCUGAUCUAUGAGGCGAUCGAACACUUCUUCAUAGAUAGUAUCAACGCGCUUGGGGACGUAUCCCGCUUCAAAGAGCAGCAAUGCAGGCAAUGCCUUACCUUGUUUUUACGGUUACGAAUGUUCUGUAGCCACCCCCUAACGGUGCAGCAGCUUCUGAAGGAGCUCCUACGGGGAACUUUGUUGGGGCAACUCAAAAAGCUUACACGAGAAGGAGGUGCUGAUCCGGCGGACGCCUCUGCCCAGAUCGUCGAGUUUAUCGAGAAGACCCAGCAUCGGUACAAGGACCUGAUCCAGCAGAAUCAGGCCCAAACACAAGCACAGGAACAGCAGAGUCCCGUGGACAACCCCAUGUUCUACGACAACAUCCAUCUCAUUGGAGAGUAUUCAAGGUUCAUGAAGAAACUUCAUGUGGACCAACAGUGGGAUGAGGCAUUCGAUAGGGGCGGAUGCGCGAAGUGCGGCUCACCACCAGACAAACCUGUCAUCACCUCAUGUAUGCACCUAUGGUGUGAGGAAUGCUUCACUCAAAUCUCUAUCAACACCGAAAGAGUGGAAACACAGAGCCAGGAGCCCCAAAGUCCGGAACAAGCUCAGCUCGUGUGCCUCAAGUGCACGCUUCCAAUAGAGUCUGCAACUCGUUGCUGCUUUGAUGCAGCAAAAGAACCAGAGCGACCAGAGCAACCAGUUACACCGGCCGAGCGAAAAGCGAGGAGACAGGCCAUGACAAGUGAAAAAGCGAAAGCCAAGAAGAAAGCAAAACCCGAGGAUGAAGACGAUAUUGCGGUUCAGGACUGGAUGCAGGUCGAUACCACAAGGAUGCCCGCCGCAAAAAUUGCUGGCAUCAAAGACAUACUCCAGGAAUGGAAGAGCGAGAACCCGGCGGCUAAGAUUGUGAUAUUUAGCCAGUUCACCGACAUGACCCAAAUCAUAGCGGAUAUGUGCACAAAAGAAAAAUGGGAAAAUCGCUGCUUGACUGGCAAAGUCGCAAUAGCGACACGCCACAAAUACCUAGACGAAUUCAAGACGAAGGAUGAUAUUACUAUUCUGAUUGUCAGUCUUCGCGCUGGGGGAAUAGGGCUCGACAUGACGGCAGCGCAUAAGUGUAUUUUGGUUGACCUUUGGUGGAACGAGGCGAUUCAGAACCAGGCAUUCUGCCGGUUGCUUCGACAAGGGCAGACGCAGACCGUCGAAUGCGUGAAAAUGGUAGUCAAGGGAUCUAUCGACGAGCAAAUGCUCAAGCUACAGGCGUCCAAGACGGAGGAGAUUAAGGGGAGCAUGGGGGACGCUGUCCUGAAGAAUCGAGACUCUGUCAUUGCUCUCCUGAAAUUGUUCGCCGACGUUCAAGAAAACCAGAAGGGCCAACUGAGGGUGAAGUCCAAAAAGAGGGACAGGAAGAAGCUGGUGCCACUGAAGAUCAUGGCCAGCGAGAGGGCAAAUCACGAAGCAAACGACGAAUCUUGA